AAGUUUGAAAAUAAACGUGAAACUUUUUUUUGUCCCCUUCUUCAAACGUUUCAUUUCAGCGGCGUUUUAUUGACUACUUCCCAGCAAGUCUGGGCUAAUAUCAACAAAGGACGACUUGAAGUGAACAACAUAGAGCGGAGGACGUAUCUUUGGCUGAAAUUGCUGGCUGACAUGACUCCGCGUCGAAUCACACGUUCACAACAUCUGGCAGCGAUGUCUUCCCAAGGCGAAGAGUCGUCGCUCAAUGUCGAAGCUGCCCUGACGUCUGCCUUUUCAGCGGCUGUUUCAGCUGCCAUGGGAAUCGCCAUGGCUACGGACGCGAAGGGGCAACUCUCCACGCUGCUGGAUGAGUGGGAAGAAGUGCAGCAGGGCACCACAGAGCAGCUGGUGUCCGUUCUGACCAAAAUAUCAGAACUGAUAGAACAGGAAACAGCAGAGUACCACAAAGCAGACCCAGAUCCGUUUGAUGAUCGUCAUCCAGGACGGGCUGACCCAGACUGCAUGCUGGGACAGCUGCUGAAGAUGAUUUUUAUGAAUGAUGACUUCACAAAUGCGCUUUUGGACACGUAUAUAAUGGCCAGUCAAGAGGUCAGCCUCAACACAGCCGCCUGUCGCCUCCUUCAAAACAUCAUGCCAGGUCUGGACAGUGCUGUUGUCUUUGAAGAAAAGGAAGGCUUGGUGGAAAAAUUGUUCAGCUGGGCCCGUGAAGCUGAGCGGCCGCUGUCCGUCUACGCCACAGGCCUUCUGGCCAGAGCCAUGAGCAACCAGGAAGUGGCGGCCAACUACAUAGAAGAGAAUUCUUGGCUGGUACCAAUCAUGAUUCAGCGUCUGCGUGACCUGCAAACCACAGAGGCGACAAGUCCGAGUCCCACCCAGACCCACCAGAAUCUACCUCAAGACUCUCAGGAUGAAGCCGCCCAAACCUCAAGCGUUGUAGCCAACCAGCAAAGCAAGACCGAUACGGAGAUGAAAGAACGAGACGGGGAGAGCACCAGGUCUGCAUCAAAGACCAAGCCUCCGUCCCUGCUUUGUCCAGACAACGAAAACGGCGGCUGUAGCAGCAGCUCCACACAACCGCAUCCAGACCCUGCCUCCGAGGAAAAAGAGGACACUCGGGGAGAAGUGGGGGGGAAGAGACCGGCCAUAACAGAGAACGGGAGGAAGGCCAAGCAGAAGCUCAACUUUACCAGCUCCGCCUUCAGGACGGAGGACGGAGCGGAAAGGGCCGCUCCCAGCGACGAGCCGGUCAACAGCUCAUCGUGGUCCGAAGUGAGCUCGAUGGUGAUCGGCUCUGAUUAUUGUCUGUCGCCGCUGAGCACGGCGAUGGAGCAGAGGCUCAUUCUGCAGUAUCUGACGCCUCUCGGAGAUUACCAGGAGCUUCUUGCUGUCUUCAUGAAACACGACACCCGCUCGUUGCUGAUGAACUACAUAGAUUUCCGACAGACCAAGAAUGUCCAGCUCACCUACGACGCCCUCCUGUAUCUGGCUUCACUGCUCCUUCAUAAGAAAUUUGCUGCCGACUUCAUUGCUCACGGAGGAGUGCAGAAGCUCCUGGAGAUACCGAGGCCUUCCAUGGCGGCGACGGGAGUUUCUCUCUGUCUGUACUACCUGGCCUACAACCAAGACGCUAUGGAGAGGGUGUGCAUGCUGCCAAACGGCGUGCUCUCAGACAUGGUGUCCUACGCCCUGUGGCUGUUGGAGUCGUCCCACGCUUCAGGCGUCUGCCACGCCACCAUGUUUUUUUCCAUCUCGUUUUCAUUUCGGGCCGUUUUGCAGCUGUUCGACCACCAGGACGGCCUGCGGAGGCUCGUCAAUCUGAUCAGUACUUUGGAGAUCCUCAACGUGGAGAACGAGGUGUCCCUAAUGAGCGACGACCAGGUCUUCUCCAGUCGGCAGACUGCCAAACACACCUGCAUGGCCCUGCGCAGGUACUUCGAGGCUCACCUCGCAGUGAAGACUGAACAGGUCAAACAGUCCCUGCAUUCAUCGGACAGCGGCACCGUCGUCCCUCAGCAGACUUUCUGCAAGGCCUACACGUACACCAGAGAGCAGAUAAUCGAGAUGAUGGAGUUCCUCAUCGAGUGCGGACCUCCGAAGUUCCACUGGGAACCAGUGGAAGUCUUCUACAAGCUGUCGUGUGUCCCUUUAAUGCUGCAGCUCAUAUCUUCUGCGUGUGACUGGAGAACCUACUACGGAAGGAGCGACACAGUGCGUUAUGUUUUGGACCUCCUGGCCAUCCUGACGGUGGUUCCCAAAGUCCAGUUGGUGCUGGCGGACACGAUUGAAGUUUUGGAUGAAAACAGGUCACCCGUCUCCACAGUGGGUAUGAGCAUCAUUUUGGGCGUCUCGGAGGGCGAGGUGUUUCCAAACGACGCUGAGAUCCAGAAGUCGGCACUGCAAGUGAUAACAAACUGUGUGUGCGCUCCAGAGCAGAGCCUGAACACUGUGGGGGCGUUUGCUGUUGCCCCCCUCAGGCCCCCCAUCCACCCCCAACAGCCGCCCAUCACCCACAACAGGGUGCUGGCUCACAUGUGGCAACUUGUGCAGAACAACAAUGGCAUUAAGGUGCUUCUGUCGCUGCUGUCGGUGAAGAUGCCCAUCACGGAUGCAGACCUGAUCCGGGCUCUGGCCUGCAAGGCUCUGGUGGGACUGUCCCGCAGCGCCGCAAUCAGACAGAUCAUUAGCAAGCUGCCGCUCUUCGCCAGCAGCCACAUCCAGCAGCUGAUGAAGGAGCCGGUGCUCCAGGACAAACGGAGCGAACACGUCCGUUUCUGCCGCUACGCGGCCGACCUGACGGAGCGAGUGUCCGGCAAGCCUUUCCUCAUGGGCACCGACGUCUCGCUGGCCCGUCUGCAGAAAGCCAACGUGGUCGCCCAGUCGCGCAUCACGUUUUCAGAGCGGGAACUCCUCAUGCUCAUCAGGAACCACCUGGUGGCCAAAGGCCUCCAGGACACGGCCAACACGCUGAUUAGGGAGGCCAAUCUGCCCGCCGUGCCCCUCUGUCCAAACUCUUCCUGUGCCACCCCUCCCCCUUUGGCGUCAGGAACUCCCAGGACUUGUCGGUUAGCCGGGGGGGUCGCUGCUCGCAUUGCCGGUCACGUCGGAACAUCUCUCGUCCCCUCGGUUGCCGCAGCUUCUGUGACUCCCUCCUCCUCUCGAUCGCCUGCCAUCGCCCAUCCAUCAUGCUCUUCUGCAUCUACCUCUGCCCUGCUGACCCCACCUCAUCCUCACCCUGCCCCUCAUGGCCAGGGUUCACAUCCCGUUGGCCGGAUUCUGUUCACAAGGGAGCGCCCAGCGGUCAACUGGAGCUCAGGGAAGAAACCUCGCACGCUCAGGCAGAAGUCUGACCACGGGGCUUUCAUACAGACUCCAGCCAUAAAGAAGCAGCUGGAGCGGCACCUUCCGCCCCCUCCGACCCUGGACAGCAUCAUCACCGAGUACCUGAGGGAGCAGCACGCCCGCUGCCGCAAUCCUGUCACCACCUGCCCCCCGUUCUCCCUCUUCACCCCCCACCGCUGCCCCGAGCCCAAGCAGAGGCGGCAGGCGUCGCCCAAUUUCACUGCCCGCUUCGGGAGCAGGAUGUUGAACCCCAAGUACGGAGGCGUGGACCGAGGAUGCCUCGAUAGACAUCUGAUAUUCAGCCGGUUUCGCCCGAUGUCGGUCUUCCACGAGGGCGACGGAGACGAGAGCGGGUUCACUUGUUGUGCCUUCUCCGCCCGCGAGCGUUUCCUGAUGCUCGGGACCUGCUCCGGUCACCUCAAACUCUACAACGUCUUUUCUGGAGAGGAGGAGGCUAACUACACCUGUCACACGUCAGCCAUCACACACCUGGAGCCCUCCAGGGACGGGAAGCUGCUGCUCACCUCGGCUUCGUGGAGCGUCCCGCUGUCGGCUCUCUGGAGUGUGGAUUCCGUCUUUAGCAUGAAGAACUCCUUCUCUGAUGAUCACUACGUCGAGUUCAGUAAACUCUGUCAGGACAGAGUCAUCGGCACCAAAGACCAAGUCGCACAUAUAUACGACGUCCACACGGGUCAGAAGAUCCUGACCCUGAAUGACCCCGCCUUGGCCAACGACUACAGGAAGAACUGCGCCACCUUCAACCCCACCGACGACCUGGUGCUGAACGACGGGGUGCUGUGGGACGUGCGGGCGUCCCGGGCCAUCCACAAGUUCGACAAGUUCAACAUGAACAUCAGCGGCGUCUUCCAUCCCAACAGCCUGGAGGUUAUCGUCAAUACGGAGAUCUGGGACCUGAGGACCUUCCACCUCCUGCACACCGUCCCUGCUCUGGACCAGUGCAGGGUGGUUUUCAACAGCAACGGCACCAUCAUGUAUGGAGCGAUACUGCAACCUGACGAUGAGGAUGACGCCAUGGACCAGCAGAUGAAGAGUCCCUUUGGUUCGUCCUUCAGAACCUUUGAUGCCACAAACUACAAGCCCAUUGCCACAGUGGAUGUAAAGAGGAACAUCUUUGAUCUGUGUACGGACUCUAGGGAUUGCUACCUAGCUGUUAUAGAGAACCAGGAUGCGUUGAGCUUGGACACGGUGUGUCGGCUGUACGAGGCCGGACGACAGAAACUGCCAGAAGAAGGAGAUGACGACGAUCAGGACGAAGAAGAUCAGGACGAUGAAGAUUCGUCAGACUCGGACGACGAUGACGAUGACGACGAUGACGAUGACGAUGAAGACAACGACGACAUCGAUGACAUUGAUGACAUGGACACAGACCCGCUCCUGGAGGAGUUGGUCAGUGACGAACCACACAUCCAAGACCGAGCCACCUCCCCCAGAGAGAUUUCAAGUCUUCUUGGCAGCGAUGACGAAGGCAGUGAUGAUGGCAAUGACUCAGACGAGUUUAAUCAGUCAUACGGCGAAGGAUCGGACGACUUAAACGCCGUUAGCUUGUUAUUCUCCAGAGAAGAAUCUGACGAUGAUGACUGAGGUUGUCUGGUCCAAUUGCAGAAGAGGAUUCUUCUGAGCUGGCGACCGUGCUCCCCUUUGAGAAGAUUUUCCUUUUUUCUUUUCAAUACUUUUUGUUCCUACUUGUACCAACAUCUCCCGUUUAAGCGUUGGAGUUGACUGCGAGUCUCCAGCGUUCACAGCAACAGCAAGGAGGGUAACGGAAGUCAGCGUUAUUCUUCUUCUCUGAACAUAUCGCAGGUCUCAGAUAAAGAAGGAAGCUUUUUCUGCUUCCUUUUCUUAAUAAAGGGUAUUUAUAAAACUUGUAAAGUAAGUAUGAGGCCUUACACGGCUUUUAUUGUAGUAAUGAGGCUCUGUUCAGACGAUAUCUGUUUCAGUUUUUGUAAUUGUUAUUGUUUUCAUACUAGCAACAAAAUCACUUUUUGGUGUCGACGUAUAAGAACACACGAGAACUUCUGACUCAGUGGUAUACACCAUCUUUUUUUGUUAAGGAAUGAAUUAUUUCCAAAGUGAAGCAGCUUACAGUCUUCCUUAAAUUCAUGUUUAGUCUCUUCAAACCUUUGACUGUAGCUCAAAGCCAAAUAUUGUUUUGACAGAAGUAAUGAAUAGGGAUGCACAAAAGGAAAUGAACCAAUUGUUCUGAAAAUAAAAUCUCAGUGGUCCUCAGAUACAGAAAACCUAAAUUUGUAAGAUUCUGGAGCAUAUUUAAUGCUCAUAUUAACUCAGAAUUGCAUUUUACUUAUAUUUCUAUUAAGAUUUGUAUCUAAAACAAUUUCUUUAUAGAGGGGAAAUUAUUGAAAUGAUUGUUCAGAAGGAUGCAUUACGUACAACGCUGUCAGUGUUUUUGCAUCCAACAAAGUCAUGAUUUUGUUGACUCCACGCGCGUCUUCAAAUGACCCAGCAGAAGUCUAGCAUUCAGAUAGUUCUUUCCUCUUUUACUUUCAAAAAUUUGAAUUACCUCGUUUUCCAGGCUUGUUUAAAAAAAGAAAAAGGGUGUUUUGUUUUUUUUUUGCUGUGAAAACAAAAAAAAGGAUCCAUAAAAAUCCUAACCCACCUCUCUGUGUUGUCUUUACAUUUUGAAUACAUCAAAUUUAUAAUGAUCCAGUAGCACUAAGGAAGAAUUAUCUCUGUAGAUAUAUUGUCCUUUCCGUGAAAUCAAUUAAAAACCAGAAUGGUGUUUUUCUUGCCUUAGAACAAGAGCCUGUACCGCCAUGUUCUUGCAGUAGCCCCAAGCUGACAUGAAACAUCUGACUCUUGAGAAGCUCAUUUGCAUUUUUUUGUGUGGCUGCUGCCGUUUCCCUGCCGGGUAUGAAUGGGUUGCAGAUUGUAACUACUCCAGCAGAUGUCACUAUAUAUUUCAGACUUUUGAAGCCAGCUGUUUUUUUUUUUUUUUUUUUUAAUUUUAAUUUUAAUUUUAUUUUGUUGUUUUCUUCCUGCUUCUGCAGACAGACUGUGAACUUUUGCACUGGCAUAUGUUCAUCAACUUCACUGUACAGAGAGAAGCAUCGGAGAUAUCACGGUUACAUGUGUGUGAUAUUUAAUUUUGAUCCAAGAAAUCCAUCUAUUUUUGCGUAGGUGCUUUAAUUUAUUUAACUAUCUUUUUGGUGGUUGUGUAUAGCUUUUUUUUUAAUGUAUACAUGUGCAGAGAAAUGUGAUAUUCUUUUUUUUUUUUUAAUUGAUGCUUUUAGCUCCUGUAUCUUUAAGAUAGGGAUGUUAAACUGGAAGAAACAAGGCGGCGGAGGUCGAGAAUCUGUUUAACUGUUCAUUUUAAAUUAAACAUUUAAAAAUAUGUGGAGCCAUCAGAAAAGUUACUUUGAGGUCAGUUUUGUAACUUAGUGUUAAAGACAGAGAGUGUAGGGGAACAAAAACGGUUUGCGGUUAUAUAAUAAUAUUAAUAACAAAGUUUCUAUAGCACUGAAAAUAUGAGCCACAAAUUAUCUGUAGAGAUUUGUAGCAGCUGAUGAUAUUCGAUAACAAAAUAUGUGAAUUUCAUUUAAAAAAAAAUACAAUUUGAUAAAAUGAAAAUAUCUUAAAUUUGUAGCAAACGCUAUGGUUGUAAAUGUGAAAACUUUUUUUUUUUUUUAAGUCAUUUGAUUCAGACACUCAAUACACACCAGUUAUGUUUUUUUUUUUUUUUUUUUUUUUUUCAAUAAUCAAUAAUUUUCAAUAACCAUCUGCUGCAAAGAUUUAGUAGACUCCAGGUCCAGUAGUUUUCCCACUUUUGUGUUGGUGCAGAUUUAUUCUUAAUACAUUUACCUCAUCAUUUGAAUUAUGUUUUAUGUUUCAGGUGCUCACUCAGGCAAAGAAAACAGUCAAAGUCGUCCUUACGGGUCAACAGCGAAGCCAGGAGUUAUUAGCAAGUAUAAACAUCUGAGCCAGUAAAGUCACAUUAAAGUUAUAAAUUAAGCAACACGCGGGACCAAAUUUCCGCCCCUAAUUAUUAUAAAGCUGCGUCAAACAAUCAGCGACACAAACACAGACGGCUGCAUUUGUUUGAGUUAUUUCUUUAUUUUUAUUUAGGUUUUUUUUUCAGAUGGAGUCAAAUCGUAGAGUCACAUCCGCUAAAGGGAGAUCUCAUUUUUCUAUACAGAUUACAAAUACUGGUUUCUGAAUAAAUGCAUCCUAUUGGCUGGAAGACAGUUUGUACACCAUGUUGGUGCUAACCAGUUACAACUUGAAUUAAUGUCUGAUCAAAGUGUGAGGGGGGGGAAUGGGUGUUUGAUUGCCAAUAAAUCUUUCAGUUUUACAACAGAUUGUGUGUCUGUAAAUAUGUUUGGACUGUUUUGAAAUGUUUACUGAGACUGUCAUGCUAUUAUGCAGUUGUGCUCCUCUAAAAUAUUAUUAAUAAAAUCUCUUCC